AUGUUCAAAGACGUCAAGACCUCUGCCUACAGUUCUCGUUUCCAAACCCCCUUCAGGAGAAGAAGAGAGGGUAAGACCGACUACUACCAAAGAAAGAGAUUGGUCGCUCAGCACAAGGCCAAGUACAGCUCUCCAAAGUACAGAUUGGUGGUCAGAUUCACCAACAAGGACAUCAUCUGCCAGAUUGUCUCCUCCACCAUCACUGGUGACAUUGUCUUGGUCGCUGCCUACUCCCAUGAGUUGCCAAGAUACGGUAUCACGCACGGUUUGACCAACUGGUCCGCCGCUUACGCCACCGGUUUGUUGAUUGCCAGAAGAGCUUUGCAGAAGUUGGGCUUGGACGAGACCUACAAGGGUGUCGAGGAGGUCGAAGGUGAAUACCAAUUGACCGAGGCUGUCGAGGACGGUCCAAGACCAUUCAAGGUCUUCUUGGACAUUGGUUUGCAAAGAACCACCACCGGUGCCAGAGUCUUCGGUGCCCUAAAGGGUGCCUCCGACGGUGGUUUGUACAUUCCUCACUCCGAGAACAGAUUCCCAGGUUGGGACUUUGAAGCCGAGGAGUUGGACGCCGACAUGUUGAGAAACUACAUCUUCGGUGGUCACGUCGCCGAGUACAUGGAAGAAUUGGCCGAUGACGAUGAAGAGAGAUUCGGUGAAUUGUUCAAGGGUUACUUGGCCGACGACAUCGACGCUGACGCUUUGGAAGACAUCUACAGCUCCGCUCACGAAGCCAUCAGAGCCGACCCAUCCUUCAAGCCAACUGAAAAGAAGUUCACCAAGGAACAGUACGCUGCUGAGUCCAAGAAGUUCAAGCAAUACAAGUUGACCAAGGAGGAGAGAGACGCCCGUGUUGCCGCCAAGAUCGCUGCUUUGGCCGGUCAACAGUAA